AUGACAAAAGUAGUUGAAAAAAUAUUCAUUAUAGGCCGGAUUUUGAAACAUGAGAAAGAGGGACUUGCCGUGGCGGUAUAUAAAGAUAACGAACUGGUCGUAGAUUUAUGGGGUGGCUAUGCCGAACGAAGUGCAUUACGGCCUUGGGAAGAAGAUACGCUAACUUUUGGCUUCUCAACGACAAAAUUUACAGCAGCUUUAAUUGUUGCAAUUCUGGUUACUCAGGGUCGAAUGAAGUAUGAAGACAAAGUCACUAAAUAUUGGUCAGAGUUUGGAAGAAACGGCAAAGAAGACAUUACUAUACAAUGUAUAGUGGAACAUAAGGCUGGCUUGAUUAAAUUUGACGGGGAGUUGGAAUUGAAAGACGGAAACAACUAUAAUCUCAUAUCAAAGUUGAUUGAAGACACAAGACCAGUGUGGCCACCAGGAACAAAAGUAGGAUAUCAUGUUUUAACGUACGGUUGGUUGAUAGACCAAAUUGUGAGACGAGUGGAUGUGAAAAAUAGGGGAGUCGUGGAUUUCUUUAAAGAAGAAAUAUAUCCAUUAGCAGCGGAUAAAGACUAUUUUAUCGGCUUACCGAGAUCAGAGCAUUAUCGAUUAGCCCGUUUAGUACAACCAAGUAGACGGGAAAUUUUACGGGCGUUUAUUCACAAUCCAAUUUAUGUCAAAUCUGGUAUCAUGAAUAUUUUUCAAAGUUGUAGAUGUUAUGGUUUAUUGGAUGUCGCGGGAAAUUACCCUCCAUGGCUCAGCACCGUGAAGAGUGAAUUGCCUUAUAAUAACCCGAAAGUUCAGCAGAUUGAAAAUCUAUCAGUGUCUGGUUUUGGGACUGCUAGAGGAUUUGCUUCAGUGGUUUCAGCGAUACUUCAGAACAAUCUAAUCAGCCAAGAAGUUUGGGAGGUCUUACAAAAGCCAACAGAGUUAGUGACGGAUUCUGUUGCAAAAGUGAGAUGUUAUCGAGGUUAUGGAUUCUUUUAUGACGUUCAUCCUACAAAGGAAAAAGCUUUUCUUUUGUCACACACAGGUUUUGGCGGACAGAAGAUCAUAGUCGAUCCUUACAGCAAGACAGUUGUGGUACUCUUUCGCAAUGCCAUUGAGUGGGACCUUCGAAAAGAAAAAUUGACUGAUAAUAUUAUGAAAAAAGUCUUACUUUUAGAUGGAGGAAGCUAA